AUGUUGCCUCAAAACAAGGACCAGGUGCUGCUACAGAAAGCAGCAUCCCCUGGGCACCCCCCUCAGCUCCCCUCACAGCUUGUGGACUCUCUUCCCUGCAACCUCCAACCUCAGCCUCCCCAGCGAUCCCUCCGUCCCGGUCACCCACCCUGCUCCCCUCCCCUGCGGUCCCACUCGGCUGGCUCCCAUUUCUACUCUUCUGACUCAAAUUCUGACUCUGUCCUACACCCCUACUCUUGCUCUCUCCCAAGUUCCCCCACUUUCUUUCAUCAGAAUUACCCGUCUCUCUCCCUGCCUUGUUCUUCCUCACCCUCCCGCCUCUACCCCUCUCCUACUCUCACUCACUCCUCCUCUCCCUCUCAGCCCCCCAACUCUCUCCCUGGCUCACACUGCCGGUCUCCUUCCCAGCCCGAAGACUUGCCCAGCUCCACUCUCACCUGCUGGAGCCCCAGCCUACCUUCUCGUGGGGUCCUCUCUAACAGCCAAACAUGGCCCUCGCAUCAGUACAGGGACACCAGGUCCCGUGGGGUGGAGGGGGGGUGCGUGGCAAGCGAGAGGGACCCUGCAGAGUUCAGGGACCCAGGAGCCCUGGCCCAGGUCCUGGUGGUCCAUCUGGGGCACCGCCGUAUUGCCCACGACCUGCGGCUACUGCUUUUGCAGCGCCUAUGGCUAGGCAGAACCGGCCAGGCCCCCGUUGUGGAGUAUCCUAUAUGCUUGGUGUGUCUUCGGCCCCGAAGCCCCUCUUGCCCCAGCCCCAGGUACAGGACUGGACCCAGGCUGCUUGCUUUCCCCCAGCUACUGCCCUGUGCACCGGGCCAGGAAUCCGGACCACUCCGCAUAGGCAUUGGCUUUGGCCUUCGUCUGCCUCGGGGCCAGGCCAGGGCCUUGCACCUGUUGCCAGAAAGAAGGCCGGAGGAAGUAGGGCCUCAGGGCGAGGCUGCUCAGGCCCGUGGGUGUCAAGCCCAGGCACCUCAGGCCCUAGCAGCUCAGGCCUGGGCAGACCUAGGCCCAGGAACCCCCUCCCAGCCCGGGAGCCUCAGGUCUGUAGGCCCUCAAUCACCAAACUCCACGCAGUUUUCAGGGUCUCCAACUCAGGCACCCAAACAGGCCACUGUCUGCCUGAAGCCCAGGCCUUCUUCUGCCCCAAAGAGGCCUGCCUCUCCAGAACCCAUUCACGGAAGGUCACCACCCUAA